CAGAAUGUCGAAAAUGAUCGAUGAAUUAGGCCAUUCAAAUAUCUCUCACGGAUCUUAUUGUAGGAAAGUUGUCUAUGAUUUUGCUUUUAGUGCAGUCUUUAUAUCCAGAUUGCAAAAGUACAAGCAUUAUGAACCGUUCAAGUUCUAUCUAGCUAUCUUGUGACCCAUCAUACUCCUUGAAGAUUUUUUUUUCCAGAUAUUUUCACAUCCCUCCACUUGCUACACAUCGUUAAAUACCCAUCAUCUAAAAUCUCUUCUCUCAAGCCCUCGAUCUUCUGUAGCUUUCUCCAAUUUCUUUUACACAGUCAAAAACCCUUUAGCAAAACCUUAUCAAAAACUCCUUCAAUUACAGCCAUGGCCUCUACCCUUACCUCCUCUCUAUCUAUAAACCUCAAAUCCUCUUUCUUGGAUCACAAAUCAUCCUUCCAUGGCACACCUAUCACAACUACUGGGCGUUUCACUCCAAUCAAAUCCACCUCUCCUGCCAUUACCAUGUCCUUGACACAACCUUCAUAUGAUCUUCAGUCCUUUAAGUUCCAGCCCAUCAAAGAAUCCAUCGUCUCUCGGGAAAUGACUCGUCGUUACAUGACAGACAUGGUUACUUACGCAGACACUGAUGUUGUCGUUGUUGGUGCUGGCUCUGCUGGUCUUUCUUGUGCUUAUGAGCUAAGCAAGAACCCUUCAGUUCGUGUUGCUAUAAUUGAGCAAUCGGUUAGCCCUGGAGGUGGUGCAUGGCUUGGUGGCCAGCUAUUUUCAGCUAUGAUUGUGCGUAAACCAGCUCAUAGAUUUCUUGAUGAGCUUGAAAUUGAAUAUGACGAGGCAGAUAACUAUGUGGUUAUCAAGCAUGCAGCUUUGUUCACUUCAACAAUCAUGAGCAAACUCUUGGCUAGGCCUAAUGUGAAGCUGUUUAAUGCUGUGGCAGCAGAGGAUUUAAUAGUGAAAGGAGGCAGAGUUUCUGGUGUGGUUACUAACUGGGCUUUAGUGUCUAUGAACCAUAACACUCAAUCUUGCAUGGACCCUAAUGUCAUGGAGGCUAAGAUUGUGGUUAGUUCUUGUGGACACGAUGGGCCUUUUGGUGCUACUGGAGUGAAGAGAUUGAAGAGUAUUGGCAUGAUUGAUAGUGUUCCAGGAAUGAAAGCACUUGACAUGAACGCGGCCGAAGAUGCAAUUGUUAGGCUUACAAGAGAGAUUGUGCCUGGCAUGAUUGUUACAGGCAUGGAAGUUGCAGAAAUUGAUGGAGCACCAAGAAUGGGUCCAACAUUUGGGGCAAUGAUGAUCUCAGGGCAGAAGGCUGCACACUUGGCUUUGAAGGCUUUGGGGCAACCAAAUGCCCUAGAUGGAACAUUCAGUCUACAGCCAGAGCUUGUGCUUGCUGCUGCUGAGGCUGGAGAGAUAGUUGAUGCAUGAAAAUAGUAGGGCUUUUUGAUUAGGAACUUGUAUUUAUCUAUUUCGAACCUUCGCAUAAACUCGAUCUCCACAUGAUGUACUACUUGUCCCGAACUUGAUAUAUCGUUUCAAUUUUUUUUUACA